CUGUGAGCCAGCCGCAGGCAACGCAUGGGGCGGAGCCGGUUGCCAUGGCUGUCUUUGGCCUGGGUAGCGCCCUGCGCUGCACAAGGCCCAAUGCCAGUUCCCAGCAGCUCUCUGCAGUCAGGGACUCGCCCCUCUGGGAGCUCCGAGGCUUCUGCAUGGCGCCUACAAAUAGGGAUAGCGGACAAGGCUUUGCACGAGUGGCUCCUGUCCACGCCGCAGCAGGCAGACCAGAUCGGGCCAAAGGCCAGCUUGCCGAGCGACCUGGAGCGGGGGACCUUGCAGCUCAUCAAGGACAUAGGCUUGUCCGCUCUCGCUUCUUCCUUGGACUACCUCAUACUGUGCCAACACAGUGACCCGCGCUGCGGUGUGCCACUGCAGCACUUUGAGCCGGUGCAGAUGCUGCGCGCGCUGCUGGACACACAGUUGCGCGAGCUGGUCCAGGAUUACCGUCCUGAUACGGGGCUGCGCUCGCCGGUGCUUCGGGUGGGGCACAGCCUCAGGUCAGACCUGGAUGGCUUUUUGCGGCAGUUGCGCUCCCUGGAGCCUGGGCUGCAGGCCGCGGAGGUUUCUGCGCGGCUUGUGCAGACGGCAGGCUUGCGUGCCCGCAUGCUGGCCUGGCAUCUGGGCAUGCACUUCUGGGUGCGGGACUUGGCCGUCCCCGGAAGGGGGGCCCCCGUCCUCGUCCUUCACGACGAGUACACGUCCUUUGCAGACAUGGUAUCCGUUGUCAUAGGCACCAUGGUGCGGAAUGGCCAGCCGCAACUCGCCAUGGCGGAGCUUGGUGUGCCCACCCAGGAGGAGUGGCUGGCACCGCAGCUCCUCAGAAGUGUCCCUGGACUUCAGUAUGUGGCCAUAAUGCUCGAGCCACCUGAAGAGCAGCAUGGUGCUGCAAAGUUUGCUGUCUUUGAGCAGCUGCGUGCUGAGCUGCAGCAGUCGGAGCUGCACCAGCGACUGGCGCUUCACUUCGCUGCCUCGCCGAGUGCGGCGGCUGCUAUGCCAGACAGGUCGCUCGACUUGGCCUUGCUGGAUCUCCGCGGCGCUGAUGCGAGCUUCGCGCAGGAGCAGAUGGCACUCUGGGAAUCCAAAGUGAAGCCUGCUGGGGUGCUUUUGGGCCGGGGCUUUGAGCCCGACUGGCCUGAGAUCGUCAAGGCUGUUUGCGCCCAGCGCUUCAGCACGGACCUGCACCUUGGGGCAGGCGGUGGCUUCUGGUGGCUGGUCGAACCCCCGGAAGACGAGUGAGGUGUCGCAGAUGCCUG